AUGAUAUGGUUAGGUUUAUAUUGUCAAGACCCAGAUACGAAAAAACUAUAUCCAGUAAACGCGACAUGGCCCUCACAAUCGUUCUGCGGGAAUUACACGUGCAAAUUAAGAAAGAAAAAUCAUACACAGACAGAAUAUAUGCCUAUAAAGAAAAUAAACAUAACAGAUAAUUUUAUAAGCAAACUCAAUGACAUGAGUACAAGCCCUAGUCAACAGAACUUUGUAAAGACGAAUUUGCAAGAAGAAAAACGUCCAAUUUUUGAACCUGAUUCUUUUAAAAAUAUAAACGAUAUCAACAAAGAAACAUAUAGAGCAGAUGAUAAGGAUGAUAGAUACUUAACUGAAGCAGAAAUUAAAACCAUUACAGACAUAUUGCAUACAGUAAAGAAAAGUGAUUUAGAAGCCAUAGUAGAAAUAUAUAAUUUGGCACAGGACAUUUAUAAGGAAUCUGAUGGAGGAAUUUUUGAAAAUAAGCAAAAGAGCACAGAGCCAAGCAAAGAAAUUAUCCAUAUGGAGCAAAACUCAACCGACAUAACAAAAGAUGACACGCGAUCACUUUCCACGAGAAAUUAUCGACAGCCAUUAACAUAUUUCACUGCGCCCUUCACUGACAAAGAUUUCGGGAAAUUGCCAUAUUAUUACCCCAUGUCACACUUUCAUAGAACUGCUUCAAAUGCGUAUAGCAGACCGUAUACAACUCCUGUGGUACCAACUACCCGGCCUUGUACAAAAAAACCACCAGCUAAGUUGCUACAAUUACCAUGGUAUGAUCGGACUAUAAUUCGGCCUUAUAUAAAACAACAACGCCUUCCAUCCGCACGACCGAUGCUGUUACCAUAUCCAUUUUCAUACGUUCAUAACUAUAACUAUAAUGCCUAUCCUCCCAGUUUUUACUAUAACAAUUACCCCUGGGCACAAUUAAACAGUUACAAUAAAAAAGGUUACUACCCAUACUUUGGUUAUGUUGCCCAAACACCCAUCGUAGAUAUUGACCCUGAAAAUAUAAAAGACAAAGAAAUCGUGGAAGAUAUGAAAGAUGAUAUCAAACCAGAAGAGGUAUUACCCGAAUGGCAGACUGAACAGUUAUCUGCUAACGUUUUGGAAGAAGUUAAAGCUAACGUAUUGCACAAAUCUAAAUUAUUAAAGCCUUCUGGCAAGACUGUUAAGUUGGAAAGAGUUGGAAAAGUAAUCAAAAUUGAUGAAUUGACCAGAGAAAAGAGACAUGUGAUAACAGAUAGAACAGACGUUGAAGAGUAUGAAACUUAUCUCGCUAGUACAAUAUGUCAACCAAGUACUGAACCAGGAUUCUUCCGAGUCGGCAAUCUUUCUGCCCCAUUUCCUGCCUGUUGCCCCCAAAAAAUCAGACAGUGA